AUGGAGGCCUCCGGGCACCCUCAGGCCAGGAGAUGCUGCCCAGAGGCCCUGGGAAAGCUCUUUCCUGGCCUCUGCUUCCUCUGCUUUCUGGUGACCUACGCCCUGGUGGGUGCUGUGCUCUUCUCUGCCAUUGAGGAUGGCCAGGUCCUGGUGGCAGCAGAUGAUGGAGAAUUUGAGAAGUUCUUGGAGGAGCUCUGCAGCAUCUUGAACUGCAGUGAAACAGUGGUGGAAGAUAGGAAACAGGAUCUCCAGGGGCAUCUGCAGAAGGUGAAGCCUCAGUGGUUUAACAGGACCACAAACUGGUCCUUCCUGAGCUCGCUCUUUUUCUGCUGCACAGUGUUCAGCACCGUGGGCUAUGGCUACAUCUACCCCGUGACAAGGCUUGGCAAGUACUUGUGCAUGCUCUAUGCUCUCUUUGGUAUCCCCCUGAUGUUCCUCGUUCUCACGGACACAGGUGACAUCCUGGCAACCAUCUUAUCCACAUCUUAUCAUCGGUUCCGAAAAUUCCCUUUCUUUACCCGCCCCCUCUCCAAGUGGUGCCCCAAAUCUCUCUUCAGGAAAAAACGAGAACCCAAGCCCGCAGAUGAAGCUGUCCCUCAGAUCAUCAUUGGUGCUGAAGAGGUUCCAGGCCCCAAACUUGGCACGUGUCCUUCACGCCCAAGCUGCAGCAUGGAGCUCUUUGAGAGAUCUCAUGCGCGAGAGAAACAGAGCACACUGCAACUUCCCCCACAAGCCAUGGAGAGGAGUAACUCGUGUCCUGAACUGGUGUUGGGGAGACUCUCAUACUCCAUCAUCAGCAACCUGGAUGAAGUUGGACAGCAGGUGGAAAGGCUGGACAUCCCUCUCCCCAUCAUUGCCCUUAUUGUUUUUGCCUACAUUUCCUGUGCAGCUGCCAUCCUCCCCUUCUGGGAGACACAGUUGGACUUUGAGAAUGCCUUCUAUUUCUGCUUUGUCACGCUGACCACCAUUGGGUUUGGGGAUACUGUUUUAGAACACCCUAACUUCUUCCUGUUCUUCUCCAUUUAUAUCAUCAUUGGAAUGGAGAUUGUGUUCAUUGCUUUCAAGUUGGUGCAAAACAGGCUGAUUGACAUAUACAAAAAUGUUAUGCUAUUCUUUGUAAAAGGGAAGUUUUACCACCUUGUUAAAAAGUGA